AUGUAUCAGUCUGAUGAGCCUUGGCGACAAGACGACCGAACUCGCCUGCAUUGCAAUGUCAGCGGUGAGGCGGACUCCAUCGUCUGGCUCAAAGACGGCAUCCCCGUGGCCAACAGCAGUCGCGUGAACAUUCGGGACAAUGGAGCCAGUCUGGUCAUCAGUAUGGCUAAGGCCAUUGAUACCGGUCUAUAUCAAUGUAUAGCAGCUAACCCAGUUGGAGAGGACCUCGGUGAACUUCGCCUUAUCAUUGAUAGCAAACCCGUGCUGGUCAAGUCACCACAGAACCAAACGGCCAGACUCGGUGAGAUUGUGACAAUGGAGUGUCAGGCAGAGGGCCAUCCGAUUCCUACAAUCCGCUGGUUCCACGAUAACAGUUCCGUGCGACUCGGAGGAUCACAUUCAUUGAUUAGAAACGGAUCGCUCCGAAUUGUUGGCGUUACUGAAAAGGAAGAGGGAAUCUACCACUGCGUGGCCUCUUCUAGUCAGGGAGAAGCUAUCUCCGCUCCGGCUGAGCUGAAAAUCCAAAUCCCUGGCGGAUGGUCCGAUUGGUUGCCAUGGCAGGCAUGCAGUGUAGCUUGUGGUCGUGGCAUUCAAGCCCGGUUCGAGCCUGUGAACGCAAAAAUUGUCCGGUGGACGGCGGUUGGGGAGAGUGGGGACCCUGGACGCACUGCUCUCGUAGCUGCGGAGGUGGUAUUCGUCGACGACAGCGUCGUUGUGACAACCCGAAGCCACAGUUUGGUGGAAAACCGUGUGGUCCUCCGGAAGCAGCAACGGAAACCGCCGAAUGUCACGAGAAUCCUUGCCCAACUUUCCACCUCAGCCUUCAUUAGCGGCUCAAUUAUAAUUUCGGAAAUGAAAUUAAUGGUCCGGCUGCAUGGAACACCUGUGUCAACAGUGUUAACGAAACGCACUGUCGGGUUAUCAUCCGAUACACCGGCCGACCGCUCAAUGGAUAACUUCAGUGCUGUGUCACAACGCACCUUCUGGGGAUCCCGCACUCCAUGUAGUCUUGAAGUAGUUUUUUAA